AAGUAAACGUGACUUUGGCAUACAUUAUUUUUUCAACAAAAUUUGACUUAGUGAUAACAUUAGUGUACAAGUGGUUGAAUUACUUUAAUUAUACUAGCAAAUCAAACCCAAAUAAAGCAACGCUAAUCAAACUUUUGGCUCAUAAUUGAGGCCACUUCAGUGGCAAUUUCGCAGUUGAAUACUCAAAUAAAUUUCUUUGUGCGCACUGCAAGUUUUCAACAUAUAUACAUAAAAACAAGGCUUAAAGAACUUCAACUUUUGCCAACCACAAAAAAAAAAAAAAAAAAAAAAAAAAAAAAAAAAUGACUCAAAAAUGGAUAACAAAAAUCCUAAAGUAGUGGUGGUGAUGUUACCACUACCAGCAGGGGCGGACUUGGCCUUGUGCCUGGUGGGUCAAAUGACUCACCAGGGCCCAAAAAAAUUUCUAAGUCUUUUUUUUUUUUUAAAAAAAAAAAAAAAAAAAUUAUUAGUUUGUUAAUUUUAGUCUUGUCAAUUUUAAGCUUGUUAAAUGUUAGUUAGUAUUGUAAUCUUGUCAAUUUUCUAUUUGGAUGAUCUUGUAAAUAAUUUUUUUUGGGAAUUUUGGUAAAAAUUUUUUUUUUUACAUAUUUGGUUAUCGAUUGUGAGUUUGUGACUCACUGGUCAGAAAUUCCUGGGUCCGCCACUGACUACCAGCACAAGGCCAUCUCAACCAACUCCUCCACCUCUCGCAUGUCAUCACCACCUACGGAAUCCCGGUCCAUUACGCCGGCUCUGCCUCCCACAACCGUCAAGUUAAGCUCCGACUCAAUGGUUGGGACUCACAAAGCUUAAUAAAAAUUCACUUCCAUGACUUUGAACUUCCUCCUUAUCAUUCAACCCCUCCAAAUGCCGACCUCUCGGUCCCUUUUCCCCAACACUUAUUACCCCUUUUCGAGGCUUCUAUGCAUCUUCGACAACCCGUGUCAGAUCUCUUGCAACAACUCUCGGUCAAGUAUAAUCGAGUUGUAGUCAUUCAUGACUAUAGUAUGGCUUAUGUAGUCCAAGAUGUUAAGCUCAUUCCGAAUGGUGAAUCGUAUAAUUUUAACCCAAUAUGUGCUUUCUCCUAUUUCACUUGUGUGUGGGAAGGCAUACCUGAGGAAGCAAAACCCUUUCGAGUAGACCCGAAUGAUGUUCCAGGUUGUAUGCCUUCUCAAGAGGGAUGCAUUACAAAAGAGAUGUUAGAGUUUGUGGUGAAUCAAUCCAAGUACUUGGGUUUUGAGUCGGGUUGGCUCUACAACUCCACGAGAGUAAUUGACGGAAAAUAUGUUGAAUUAGUUGAGAAGCUAUAUUUGACAAAGGAACGUAUAAAGUACUUUGCUUUAGGACCUUUAAAUCCGGUUGAUAUCAUAAGUGAAAGCGGCAAAAACAGAAAUUGGUGCCUUAAAUGGCUAGACAAGCAAGAGAAGGGUUCGGUUAUAUAUGUGUCUUUUGGUUCGACAACCUCAUUAACAGAUGAUCAGAUCGAAGAGUUAGCAAACGGGUUGGAAAGAUGUGGGGAGAAGUUUAUUUGGGUGCUCCGAAGAGCGGAUUCAAACAAUGUGUUUGUAGAAGGUGAUAUAGUGAAAAAGCCUCAACUUCCUGCAAAUUAUGAAGAAAGAAUAAAAGAUAGAGGAAUAGUAGUAAAAGAUUGGGCGCCGCAACUUGAAGUAUUAGCACAUCCAUCAACAGGUGGGUUUAUGAGUCACUGUGGAUGGAAUUCGUGUAUGGAAAGUAUAAGUAUGGGUGUGCCGAUUCUGGCAUGGCCUAUGCAUUCCGAUCAACCAAAGAACGCGUUUUUGGUGAGUAAUGUGCUAAGAACUGGUGUAAUUGUGAGAGAUUGGAAACAUCGUAGUGAGAUUUUAAAGUCGAGUACAAUAGAGAAUGCAGUGAAAACAUUGAUGGCUUCAGAGGAAGGAAAAAGGAUCAAGAAAAGAGCUGCAGAAUUAGGCGAAGCUGUUAGAGGAUCAGUUGCCAAAGGUGGUGUUUCUAGUUUAGAAAGGGAUGCUUUUAUUGCUCAUAUCACUAGAUAAUGCUCAAAGAGCUAAAAAAAAUGAAGUAGAUUUUAAUGCAAAAUUUUAAUAUAUAGUUCAAUUGUCCUGUUUUAA